AUGAAUUCACAACCGCUAUAUUCUGGCAAUCGACAGCCUCCGUCCUUCUCCAACGGCGAUCGCAAUGGUUCGCUCAGCAUUGCCAGUGCACAAACCCCAACUCAACCUGAAUCCAACCAGUCCCGCGCCGCGCGUUUCGAAGAUGAGAAGAGACGCAUUAUCGAGAGCUGCUUCAACAAGAGGGAUCCGGAUGGCAUGCAGCUCGAGUCCUACAUCACACACGUCAAGAUCUUUGAAGAUGCUUCUUAUCCCUCUUCGCCGCCGCCCCCCGACUCCCCGGCCGGCAAUAAAAAGAAUAGAGUCAUCCUUGUUGCCGUUCGGCGAUCAGGAAAAGUGAGGGUUCACAAGGCUCGUGAGAAUCCUAAUGGCACAUUCUCCAUUGGUAAGACCUGGCCCUUGGAGGACCUCUCACACAUCCUAUCUUAUGCCGCUCUCGUUCCCACCACCCGUCAGCAGGAGAUGGAGAAGCAGUGGGCCACCAGUACUGGCUUUACCGUUACUCUCGGGAAGCCUUAUUUUUGGCAAGCCCCCACUUCAAAAGAGAAGGAUUUCUUCAUUGCCAGCCUUGUCAAGAUCUUUCGGAAAUACACUGGAGGCAAGGUCCCUGAUCUCCUGGGUUUUACUUCGCAAGAAGUCACCCAGUUGGUUGGUCCCGCCUUAUCCGCCCAAGCCACUCCGACACAAAACUCGGCCUUUUCCCCCGUCAUACCUCCAGAUCGUACAUCUCCUCCACCCCAGAUUCCCUCUCAACCCCCGACGAUCCCCGCGAUAAACGCAGCCCGUCCACAGUCACCUUACGUAGCUCAUCAGCCACCACCUAGUAGAGAUGGCAACAGAUUUGUGUCGCAAGAACAAGAGCGUGGAAACAAUGGUGGCCAGUAUCGUCCGUUUACUCGAGAUGGACAGCGACCACCGUCAGCUGGCAUUCAGGAUCAACCACCGCCACUAAGACCUGAUCGUGGAACACCCCUUCGUGAAAGUCCCCGACCGCAGCAGCCGUAUGGUGCUCAUCUGGCAGCGAGAGACGACACUCGUAAUCCUUCAUUGUCGAGUAUUCAACAAACACCUAGACCUUCGCUCAGUCCCAAACCCUCACAAAGUUCGCUACAAACAACGCCGGAGCCACCAAGUCUCAAGUCCAAUGGAUAUGGCGGAGCUCGACCUCCUGGCCAGGAGUUCCAAGGCAAAAGACUCGGACCUGCCCCUAGCCAGGAAUCGUUCCGUGGUGGCAGCGACUCCUUCGUUAGCUCACGUCCCAGUACGGCAACGACCGAUCGUAGGACUCCUGAAGCUCCGCCUAGUAUUCCCACCUUGGAUUUUGGCCAGCCUCUACCAGAUGUCAAAAAAUCCAAUGUUGCCUCGAUAGAUCUCAAACCUCCUCAGCCGGCUGCUCCAAAUAGUCAAAGCAAUAGUACUUUUGUCACACCGCUUGGAACACCAAGCGGGUUGAGCGAUGAGACCGAGAAGGUUCCUGGGUCUGAUUAUUUUGCUGCGAACCAAAAUGCUCAACAUAGCAAAGCGCCGGCAAACGACCCUGUGCAACCCAAAACAGUUCCUAGCGAGCCCCCCGUAUCCGAGCAAGUGGCCCCACAGUCCAUUACAAACGAGCCAGUCACGGAUGAACCUUUGGAGACGGCUGCUACAAAGAUCGAGGAAGAGCACCGUCCUGGCCUUGGUCCCAUGGUGAAGAAAAAGUCUUCCAAGGACAUUGCAGGCCAAUUCCGGAGAGCUGCCCUCGCUGCAGCCGCUUUCCAGCCAAGACAAGGCGGUGCAGGUGCCCGGCUCAAGGCGUUGCAAGAAAGGAGUUCCAACGAACCCGACGGUAUCACAAGCGUUGUUCCAGCGCCAUUGCUGAGAGGGAUGAGUGGCGACAGUGCACGAAGUGGAACUCCCGAGGUUGCGACACCUACUUCGGAGAAGGAUCGACCUUCAACUCCCAAACCUCUCCCUGCUGACCCGGUUCCCCGUGUACAGGUUGAAAGGACCGCGACUUCUGACAGCGUUAUACGACCUAGUACACCUUCAGCACCUCCAGCGGUACCGGAGAAAGACGAGAAGCGUGAAGAAUCCCCCGAUAAAGCUCGGUCAGGUUCACCACAAAGGAAACGUCGGCAAAGGCUGGAAGCGGAAGUUGAAAAGCAUUGUGCUGCAUUAGGUAUCGAUCCACGAAUACUGGAUGGCCGUGGCGCAGAUUUCAACGAACUUCUGACCGAGUUUGGUUGGGAUGGAAGGCUUUCUAACCAUACAAAGGUCGAAGAAUUUGAGACCGAAAUCCGCAGAGAGAUCGGCCGCGCACAAGCAAGCGGGUGGUUGGGUCACGUUGAACAACAAGAAAGUAAGGUACAGGAAUUGUCCAAAGCAUUUGAUAAAGCAAUUGCCGAAUGUGAGGAACUUGAUGGGCUACUUACUCUUUAUGCUCAUGAAUUGGACACUCUUCAUGACGAUAUCGAGUAUAUUGAAGCUCAAGGGCAGGGUUUGCAGGUGCAAACUGCGAACCAGAAGCUACUUCAAAAAGAGAUGGAGAGUCUUCUGAAGACACUUACGAUAUCUUCUGGAGAUCUACGUGCUCUUCAAUCUGCUCCCAUUGACACCAAUGAUGGAAUUCAAGCCAUUGAACAGUCUCUGACUCUACUCUAUCGAGCCAUGUUGACAAUCGAUCCUGAUAUCCGUCAGAAUAAGCUUCGCCAAGUUUCUGCAUCGAAUAGGAGUGGAUUGGGUGUCUACGCUGAUACCGAGAUCGGACAGAUGCGUGCUGUUCGACAAAAGAAAGACGAAUACAAGGAGGAGUCACUUAUGUUCAUGAACCGAUUCAAUCAAUUCAUGAAGUCAAUGUUUUCCAACGCGAAGCGACGCGCCAGUGAAGAAAAUAUCUCGACCAAUAGCUCUGCAUCACUGGUGUCACUCAACCUGAAAGCAAACAAUGCUUCGAGACAGGAACUUUGGGUGUACAAUCCAAGCAUGCUCUUCGUCCGCGAAGUCAAUCAAUAUGAGUGGUCCUUGUUGAUCCGGAAUUACGAGAUUGUCUUCAAGGAAACUUACUCUGAUCAGUUUCGAGAUUAUGCGAUGGCGAUGAGGAAGAAUGCCAGGAGACCUGGGGGCGAAGAACAGGAAAUCCUCUUCACCCACCAGGAGAAAGACAAGGUUGAAGAAUCGCUGACUUCCUCCGCCGCACGAAAGCUCACUGUCAAGAGAAAUAGAACCGUCAAGACUAGUGCUUUACGUCAGUCCAUCGGUGGUAAACGGGAAGGCAGACCUGAAGGAUGGAAUAUCUUCAGCACUGUGCUUGAACAACAAGCUGCAGCAAUUGCUGAGGAACAGAACUUUAUCGUUCAAUUCUUCCAUCUUGGUUCCCAGUCGAAUGCAGAUUUUGCAGAGGUUGUCCAAUUGCGGAGUCCUAGUCAAAGGAAACUUCCCAACUUACAGGCGAAGCAAUUAUAUGACCCUGACAGAGAUAUGGCUAAAAUUGUUCAAAAUACCACAGAGGGGAUUUAUUCUUUCUGGCCACUGGAACUGCAGAGUCUGGUUGAAUGGGUCCUUAAACUCGAUCAGAUGCAAGGUGUCGGGGUACUUCUGUCACUCGAACAAUGUUUGACCAAAUAUGAGGAGACAAACCAAGAAUUUAUCAGUCGCACAGUAAGAGCACUGCACGAGCGCCUGACAGGACUUUUCCAUAAAUUCGUCGAUGAACAAGUCAAAGCAAUCGAAGAGACCAAGGUCAAGGUCAAGAAGAGGAAGGGUCUCAUUUCUUUCAUGAGAGUCUUCCCCGAAUUUGCGGCCGUCGUCGAGGAUAUGUUACCUCAAGAAUCUGGCUCACACCUUCCGCCUUUCGAGGUACGAUUCAUUGUUAACGAUGCAUACAUCAAACUUCUCAAAGCAAUGUGGGAGUCGCUCAAUUUCAUCGCAAAGGACCAUCCAGCCAGUUCUGGGGGUGCUGUUCAUUCAAGUGGACCAUCAAGUGGAGACCCUGAGGAUAAAGAAGCGUUGAACUAUCAUAUCCUUUUGAUUGAGAACAUGAACUAUUUUGUCGAAGAAACCAAAACACAUCACAAUGUGGUCCUGGAGGAGUGGAGCGAGAAAGCUACCCAUGAUCAGUUCAUGCACCUGUCACAAUACACUGACGCCGUCAUCCGAAGACCUUUAGGCAAAUGGCUUGACUUCUUGGAAAGUACAGAAGCAUUGAUGAAGUCGACAGACAACUACGCCAGCAUCGCCAACAAACCGAGUCACUCAAGAAGCUCCAUCAAGAAGGUGCUAUCAGCGUAUGACGGCAAGGAGAUCCGCAAGGGGAUUGAGACGCUGAAAAAGCGAGUAGAGAAACACUUUACGGAUGCGGAUGAUCCGGGGACCUCAAGCAAGGCUCUCGUCUCAAGAGUGCUGGAAGAAUGCAAUACGAGGUAUUCGCACGCUCACGAUCGGAUGAAGAUGGUGAUUGAGAAGGUUUACGACUCGACUCUGGACAUAGAUUGGCGGAAGGAGGAUGUCACCGCCAUGUUUAAGCGAUGA